CCUGGGUAGAGUCACAGUUCGUCAAAGAACACCAGUGCCAAACAUGUUGACACUGCAAUAAGAUCUUUAAAGAAGUACAGUAUCUGGAUGAAUUACAUGAGUUUGGAAAAUAAACUGAAGCAGUAUACUUUUUUAAUUUCACUUUGGACUUGAAUAAGUGUUGACCAAUAUGACUGGAGUGGCAAAGUGUAUUGGCUCUGUCAGCUCUAUAAAGGAAAUCUGGGAGAAAAGAAUAAAAAAAAGCAAAGAAGACCUGCAAAAAGAAAAAAGGACAAAGGGUGCUGUGGGUAGGUUGGCGCAACCGUGGGAGGACCGGAUAGUCUUGGCCAAGUUGAGAGACAGAGUGGUAAUAGAAGAAGGACGUGUGAUUUUUAGGAUAGAAAAGGAAGAAUGGAAGACUAUACCGCCAUCCUUGAUACAUCUUCCUCAUAUUCAUGAAUGGCAGAUACACAAGGCUGGACUGCAGAAAAUCCCACAUUUCAUUGCUAGUUUUGAAAAUGUCACUGUUCUCAACCUCUCCCGCAAUGCCAUAACAGAUAUUCCAAAGGAGAUUGGUAAACUUGCCAGGCUAAGGGAGUUGCUGGUUAGUUACAAUAGAGUACAAAGUCUUCCAAAGGAGCUGGGAUGUUGUGAAAACCUAGAGAAAUUGGACUUGGCAAUGAACAGGGACCUUGAUGAGCUACCCACUGAGCUUAGGAACCUGAAAAAGCUUUACCACUUGGAUCUCUCCAUGAACAAGUUUACUGCAAUACCUGACUGUGUCGUCACUCUGCCUGCACUGGAGUGGUUGGACAUGGGGGGAAACCAACUUCAGAGCUUACCAGACAACAUACACAGAAUGGAGAAGCUGCAUACACUGUGGUUGCAGAGAAAUCAGUUAGAGUACCUACCUGACAAUAUUAGCUAUAUGCAUAGGCUGGACACCUUGGUCCUUAGCAACAACAAGCUCCGUGACAUUCCUUCACUAAUGGAAGGGAUGAGCAAUCUAAGAUUUGUGAAUUUUCGAGACAAUCCCUUAACAUUUGAAAUGGAACUGCCAGCCCUCAACAUAUCUGAUGAGGAUGAGGACAGCCAAGAAAUGUUUGGACGUGAAUUUAUGCACUUCUACAUCCAGGAAGCCCGGAAAAGAGUUUAUGCUGUGCUUAACAUGCAUUGUGUCAUUCGUUAGUUGCAAUUUAUUAGUACAGUAUGUUGCAGAUGACCCAAAAACAGUUUUCGUUGAGACUCAUAUAUUAAUGCUUUUUGAUAUAGGUUUCAAAGUCAGAACUCUGCCCUGACUAAGGCUUUUUGAUUAACUACCAACCUGAUGCAUGGGAACGGCGGCACCAGGUUUUGGAGAGGGACAUGAAACUCCAGUAAGGAGCUUGGAGAAACCCCUGUUUAUAAGUGAAUAGUUUGGUUUAUUUUAGAGUGCUUAAGUCGUCGUAGUCGCUUUGUUGGAAGUGACAGUUUAAUGGGAGCUGUGCAGACCACAGCCGCCUGACAAGUCACAUCUUCGUUGCUUCUGCCAGAUUAAUGUAGGCUACCAAACUAUUGACAGAACUGACAGACUUUUAUCCUGCUCUGGGUGGUUAAUUCUGCUUUGGGGCUACCUAAGUGUCAUCUUUCCUUGUUUUAAUGAACUGGACUUGAACGUGCAUUAUGUUUUCUUUAAUAGACUUGUGUGGACGUAAUUUGAGUUUUUUGAUUUCUUGUGAUGUCAAUUAAAACAUUAUUUAAUUGUU